AUGUUGCUCUCGCUGGUGCUGCACACCUACUCCAUGCGCUACGUGCUGCCCGCCGCCGUGAUGAUGGGCACGGCCCCCACCUACAUGCUGGCCUGGGGAGCCUGGCGCCUGCUCUCCGCCCUGCUGCCCGCCCGCCUCUACCACCAGGUGGACGACCGGCUGUACACCAUCUACCAGAGCAUGGUGCUCUUCUUCUUCGAGAACUACACCGGCGUACAGAUAAUUCUCUAUGGGGAUUUGCCAAAAACAAAAGAGAAUGUAGUUUAUAUAUCAAAUCAUCAGUGUACAGUUGAUUGGAUUAUAGCAGACAUGUUGGCCAUCAGGCAGAAUGCGCUUGGACAUGUUCGAUAUGUUUUGAAGGAUGGGUUAAAAUGGCUUCCUUUGUACGGGUGGUAUUUUUAUCAGCAUGGAGGCAUCUAUGUAAAACGAAGUGCCAAAUUUGAUGAAAAGAAAAUGAGGAGCAACUUACAAGCCCGGGCGAAAGCUGAGACUCCAAUGUAUCUUGUGAUUUUUCCUGAGGGAACACGUUAUAAUCCAGAGCUCCCAAAAGUCAUUGCAGAUAGUCAAUCAUAUGCUGUUAAAGAAGAACUUGCAGUGUUAAAACAAGUUCUUACACCACGAGUAAAGGCUACACAUGUUGCUGUGGACUCAUUGAAAGAUUACUUCGAUGCAGUUUAUGACAUUACAGUGGCAUAUGAAGGUACUGUGGACCUUAAAGGUCAAAGAAAAGUGGCACCAUCCAUGACAGACUUUCUUUGUAAGGAGUGCCCAAAAAUCCAUAUUUAUGUUGAUCGAAUUGAUCUAAAGGAUAUUCCAAAAGAACAGAUGUACAUGAGAAGAUGGCUUCAUGAACGUUUUGAAAUCAAGGAUAAGUUACUAAUAGAAUUCUAUGAUGCAAAAGAUUCUAAAAGAAGAUACAAGUUCCCUGGGAAAUGUGUUCAUUCCAAACUAAGCCUCAAGAAAACUUUGCCAUCUUUACUGUUUUUAACUGGCCUGACUGCUAGUAUGUUACUGACAGAAUCUGGAAGAAAACUUUACGUGAAAACAUGGAUAUAUGGGACUUUAUUUGGCUGGCUGUGGGUCAGUGUUACAGUGUAAGGAGACCGUACAGUCUGACACUCCUUGUCCUGUCUUGCACAUCACAUAAAACUCUUUCAUGAAUUUAUAAUGAAAUGUUAAAUAAAGCCUUAUUAAUGGAACUUUG